CAUUUCUACUGUGAUACCUGUUCUGUCCCCAUAUGUCGUGAAUGUACCAUGGGACGACAUGUGGGUCACAGCUUUAUCUACCUCCAAGAUGCCCUACAGGAUUCCAGGACUCUCACCAUUCAGCUCCUGGCAGAUGCUCAGCAAGGACGACAGGCUAUUCAACUGAGUAUUGAACAGGCCCAGGCUGUGGCGGAGCAGGUUGAGAUGAAAGCGAAGGUGGUACAGUCUGAAGUCAAAGUCGUGACUACUAGACAUAAGAAGGCCUUGGAAGAGCGGGAGUGUGAGCUGCUCUGGAAGGUGGAAAAGAUUCGUCAAGUCAAGGCUAAGUCACUCUACUUGCAAGUUGAAAAGUUACGUCAGAACCUAAACAAGCUGGAUAACACCAUUAGUGCUGUUCAGCAGGUCCUGGAGGAGGGUCGUACCAUGGAUAUUCUUCUGGCUCGGGACCGCAUGCUGGCUCAGGUGCAGGAGCUGAAGAAUGUGAGAGGCCUUCUCCAGCCACAGGAAGACGACAGGAUCAUGUUCACUCCCCCUGACCAGGCAUUGUAUAUGGCCAUUAAAUCAAUGGGCUUUGUCAGCAGUGGGGCUUUUGCUCCUCUGACCAAAGCCACUGGGGAAGGUCUCAAGCGUGCGCUGCAGGGCAAAGUGGCCUCUUUCACCGUGAUCGGCUACGACCACGAUGGUGAGCCUCGCCUUUCAGGAGGCGACAUGAUCUCUGCAGUGGUGAUGGGCCCAGAUGGAAACCUUUUCGGGGCAGAUGUCAGCGAUCAGCAAAAUGGGACCUACCUGGUCAGCUACCGUCCACAGCUCGAGGGAGAGCACCUGGUGUCCGUGAUGAUGUGCAACCAACACAUUGAGAACAGCCCCUUCAAAGUGGUGGUGAAGUCUGGGCGCAGCUACAUAGGCAUUGGGCUGCCGGGGCUCUCCUUUGGCAGCGAGGGAGACAGCGACGGCAAGCUUUGCCGCCCCUGGGGGGUCAGCGUCGACAAAGAAGGCUACAUCAUUGUUGCCGACCGCAGUAAUAACCGCAUCCAGGUGUUCAAGCCGUGUGGGACCUUCCAUCACAAGUUUGGCACGCUGGGCUGCCGGCCAGGACAGUUCGAUCGCCCUGCCGGCGUGGCCUGCGACGUUUCGCGUAGGAUCGUUGUGGCUGACAAGGACAAUCAUCGCAUCCAGAUCUUCACAUUUGAGGGGCAGUUCAUUCUGAAGUUUGGGGAGAAAGGAACGAAGAACGGGCAAUUCAAUUACCCGUGGGAUGUGGCCGUCAACGCAGAGGGCAAGAUUCUGGUCUCUGACACGAGGAACCAUCGCGUUCAGCUGUUUGGGCCCGACGGCGUGUUCCUUAACAAGUAUGGCUUCGAAGGGGCACUCUGGAAGCACUUUGAUUCCCCCAGAGGUGUGACUUUCAAUCACGAGGGCCACUUGGUAGUGACAGACUUCAACAACCAUCGCCUUCUGGUCAUCCAUCCAGAUUGCCAGUCAGCACGCUUUCUGGGCUCGGAGGGCACCGGGAAUGGCCAGUUCCUGCGCCCGCAGGGAGUGGCGGUGGAUCAAGAAGGGCGCAUCAUCGUGGCCGACUCCAGAAACCACCGGGUGCAGAUAUUCGAGUCAAAUGGUAGCUUUUUAUGCAAGUUUGGCACUCAGGGAAGCGGCUUUGGUCAGAUGGACCGUCCUUCAGGUAUAGCUGUCACCCCUGAUGGCAUGAUUGUUGUGGUCGACUUUGGAAACAAUCGAAUUCUCGUCUUCUAAUCUGUGUUUGAAUUAGGAAGAAACUGUCUCAGGGAAAUUCUUCUAAGAGAAAAUGAAAAAUACAACGUUAAUUC